GCGAUGGAAAAUAACAGCUAGAGUAUACUAGUAUCCGGAUUCCUCCGCUUUCUAGGGUAAAUAGCUUGAUUUCCCGGGAACGGAAGUUUCCUAUCCCUUUCAUUUACUCUAAUAUCUAUGGGUUUACCUUGUUCUAAAAAUAGUAAACUCAUUAAGCUAUGCAGGCUACAGUGAUUUUAAUUAAAUGCGUGGGUGUUUCGCGCUCCUACCCGGUACCCUUCCCUUUUUCUUUCAUGAUAUGCUGAGUCAUGCUAUUACUGUAUACAGUAUUGUUGUUUGGGCUGCCUGGUUAACUUUAAAGAUGGAGAAACGUAAAGUUCGAUCUGAAGUGAAACCCAAUAGUACCUCUUCUGCCAUUAAGAAGACAGAGUCUGUUAUUAAGGCAAUAUAUCUAGGCCUAAAGCAGUUUGACUGGAAGGCCAAGGUGGGGUCGGGGCGGCGUGAGCCGCGUGACGAGACAAACCAUUGGAAAGAACCAUGGAAGCAUAGAUGGAAGGCCGCAAAGUCUACUCUUGUCUCCUUGGUUUUUGUGGUAUCUGUCAGGCCAGAGCUGGAAGUAUCAUGCUAUUUGAGAAAAAAAAUUGAUAAUUCAACUGAUAUGACCAGGAGAAAGAAACAGGCACAAGUAGCAAUUUCGAAAAAAAAUUCUGAAAAUAAUCCAGAUAGCCAAAGAAAGAAAGAAACAAAUAAGUGGCAUAAGGAGCCAAUUAUGCAAAGUUGGAGAAAAAAUUUUGAAAAUAAUUCAACUAAUAAAUAUAUGAGAAAGAAACAAGCUUUUGAGGCAGAAGUAGAAAACAUUUCUGAAAAUAACCCAACUACUACUAAGGAUAAAAGAAAGACUCCAGUUAUAUCCCAAAGUGAUGGCAUUACUGCAGAUGAGCUUAAAUCGUUUCAAAAGGCUUCAAAAAUUGUAGACAGGAUAAAAUUAAGAAAUGGCAAUGUGACAGCUGAUAGCAAUCCUCAGACAGAUGGAUUGGCAACAAAGGAUAAAGGGAAAAAAGCAAAUAAUCAUUCUAUAAAAUCUUUGGGUGAAGUUUCUAGCAUAGAAGUAGAAGUUUUGAAUGAUACUUUAAACGUAUAUCAAGAACAUGAACAUGAAUUGAUCAAUAAACGAAUCAACUUACAAAAUUUGGAAGUACUAUUAGUCCAUUAUUAUACAAGGGAAGGUGAUGACUUGUAUGUUAAGCCAUUUUCUGAGAUGCCUAGCCGUGGUAGAUUGGAUGCAUCAGUGAAACGAUUAUUUACUAAAUUAGACACAUCAGGGGAUUUUUUGUUUCAACAGUUAAGUCAACAACAGCUGCAAAUUCAGUUUUAUGACCAACGUGCAUCUACUAGUUUUGAAUUUGAGUCAUACCAAUUGCAAAUAUCAACAUCAACAGCAACAUGGAAUUAUUGGACUAUUGUUCUCCAUAGUCAGAUUGAAAUUGGAUAUUUUAAUGGAAUUCCCACAUGCUCCUAUUUUUUGAUGCUCAAUAAUCAUCAAAACUCAAGUACUAAUUGCCAAUUAAUUACAGCUCUUCAGUCUUCUAGUGAAAUUGAUGGUGUGAUACCAUUUAUAGUAACUGGUGAUCAUCCUACCAAGGGCGUCAGUAAAAAGUCUAAAAGAUCUGAAGAUACUUUGCCUGAUAAUGGAGAAGAUUUGACAGCUCCUACAUGUCCUUCUAAUUCUGAUGAUCUAUUCAGACAAGGCAUUCAGUUUGAUCACAUAUCAUCUGAUCAUAGUACCUUACCAACUCAGCAAUCUCAAGCUACUCAUGAAGCCGAUGCACUUGUACAUGUACCUGUAUCUAAUCCACCAGAUGUUAAAACCCUGGAAACAUCAUCAUUAGAUGUUUCUUACAAAAGUGAUCCUUCUCAUCAGAUUAUUAUUCAAGAUACCAGUAUGUUAGCAUCAGUAGAUAAAUUAAUAUUCAAUAUUGAUGCAAAUUCUGAGUUGGGCAACAUUCUUUUUCAUUCUCAAAAGCAAUUGGAGGCCAUGAAUUAUGAAGAAAUGAAAUAUAUGCUUAGCCAGCAUGCGACCUCUUUAGCUAAAAGUUUUGAUGAGUCUGCGGCUGUCUUGUUUGCAGAGGGCCUUGCUUAUUUUAUGCUGAAAGAAUAUGAAGAGUCCUUUGAAAAGUUUAGAGAAGGAGAAGGUAUCCUUCAGAAAUUUGUUCGCUCAGAAAAUUCUUAUUAUUCUGAUGAGUUAAUAGUGUUCCUCAAAUAUAUGGGAGAUGCAGAGAGCAGUCAAGGGCACUACAAAUCAGCUCCAGAAUAUUAUGAGAGAGCCAUUGCUUUCCAUCAUGGUCGAUCAUCACAAUUGGAAGAAUUUUUUAAUCUAGAGAGUACAACCCUUUCUGCCAUGCUAUCAAAACUUGCUCUGUCUCUUCGUAAUGAUGAUCGUGUUGUUGAUUCUGAGAAAAGAUACAAACAAGCCAUGUCUUGUCCUGAUGCCACUCCUUCAGAUAUUAUAAUCGCUCGCACUGGUUUAGGUAAUCUCUUACACAGUCUUGGUAGCAAUGAAAAAGCUGUCCCGGAAUAUCUUGCUGCUAUAGACAUUGCUGAAGAGGAAAAGGAUUACCUCUCUCUUGCUUGGGCCCAUGGUAACCUAGGCAACACGUACCUAAGCUUAGGGAAGAGGGAAAAGGGUCUUAGCCACCUCCAGACCUCUCUUGAUCUCACUCUUGAGCAUGAUUUUGAUCCUUCCUCUAUUAGUCGUGCUCUCAAUAACCUUGGUACUGCCUAUCAGUCUUUGAAUGAGCUGGAUAAAGCUGAGUUAUAUUUUGAUCAAGCUCUCUCUCAAGCUAUUUAUGCUAGUGAUGUUGUGGGCCAAGCCAGAGCUUAUGGCAACAUUGGUAAUGUUUAUAUGUUGCUUAAAGAUUUCUUAAAAGCUAUUCCACACUACACUGAAGUCCUGAGGCUCAGCAGGGACAGGUCUACUGUGUAUGUAGCAUAUCAUAAUCGUGGCUGUGCUUUAUUUGAGUUAGCUGAAAAGAAGAAAGGUGAGCAAUACCAAUUCACUAAAAGAGGUGAGUUCCAGUUUAUUGCUAUUGGGCCUGAUACAGGGGAUAUGGAUUACAAGCACCAGCCAGAUGAAGAACUGGAUGAUCAUACUACUGAGUUGUACCAGCAGUCGCUGAAGGAUCUCAGAAAAGUCAUCAAGAAUGUGGAAUCAGCCUUUUCUAAUUCAAGUUCCAGCACUAUUGGUUUGGAUCUGUAUCUCUCUUUGUUUCACAUCAACGCCAAGACCUUCCAAAGAGCUCAAGACUGUGCCUUUAACCUCAGGGACCAUUAUCAGUCACUCACUAUUGCUGAGCAAGUCAGAGCCCGUACGCUUGGUGAGUUACUCCUCAAGCGCAAAUCACAUCAACUGCCUACUGCAUUCAGCACUCCUCUUAAUAUUGAUGCAAUCAAACUUGCAGUUGAAUUACUACCUGAUCCUUAUACUCCUGUGGUUGUACUCUCUUACACUGGCACUAGGCUACUGGUAUGGGUACUAGUAUUUGAUGGUAAGACAGUGUCAGUUAAUUCCUUUGAGCAGGAACCAGAUGAGGAGCUAUUUGGGAAGCAACUUGAUAUGUAUCUUCGAUAUGAGCUUGCUGAUGACCUCACUGGUAACAUUGACCUUUAUGGAGAGGAGGAAGAAAAAGAAGUUGAAGUUGAAAUUGAAGAGGAAGGAGAGAAGACUAAUGAAGAGAAGGAGAUUGAAAGUGACGAGGAAAAGAAGCAAGAAAGCGAUGAAGAGGAGAAAAAGGAAGUUGCUGAAAAAUAUAGCGACAACAUGGAUUCAAACAAGUUAGAUGAUAUUGAAAUUCUAACAAAAGCAACAGAGCCAGUAAAAAAAGAAAAAGGGGACAAAAGGAGUAGUCCUGCUAGAAAAAGAAAAAUCCUAUCUGAUCUUUACAAGAUGAUAGCUAAGCCAUUGGAAGCUAUACUCAAGGCAGUUAUACCAGAGCCUAUCCUUCACUCAAAAGGUCCUCACAAGCUGAUCUUAAUCCCUGACAAUAGCACCAAAAUGAUUCCAUUCAAUGCUCUACUAAAUGAGGAAGGAGGAGUUUAUUUUGGCGAUAAACAUACACUACAGUUUUUCCCUUCUCUCCUUUGUCUGGGUAUAAUGUCACAAGCUCCUCCUACAGUGAUACACAUCAAUGGAAACACAACUGGUGAUGUCCUCAUUGUUGGUGAUCCAUCCACACCAGCUUUCAAGUUUGAAGGAGAGGAUUGGACUCCAGGACCUUUGCCACACGCUAAGAAAGAAGCAGAAUGGGUUGGGCAUUAUAUGGGAACACCACCAUUGCUUGGGGGAGAGCCAACAAAAGAUGUAGUGUUAUCAAAACUGAGCCAAGCAAAAUUGAUUCAUUUAGCCACACAUGGCUCAGCUACUUAUGGGUUUGUUUUAUUAGCUGGUCAUUGUUAUGAUAGGCAAACAACGCUCACAUCAUCUCUUCGCUAUCAUGAAGAUGAGAAGAAGCUGUUGCUUUAUGCAAGUGAAAUUGAGUCUCUUCAUUUACAGUCUUGCCUUGUAAUACUCAGUUCUUGUGAUUCUGGCCGGGGGAAGUUCAAGGGAGACGAGAUACAAGGAAUGUCUCGCUCUUUUCUAUUAGCAGGAGCAGCUGCUGUGAUGACAUCAUUAUGGAAGGUCCCCGAUCAAUCUGCAUCCUACUUCAUGCAGUAUUUCUAUCGUUAUCUUCUUGAUGGUCACACCAGUAGUGUAUCACUUCAGAAGUCGAUUCAAAGCAUUCGCUCUAUUCACCAUUUUUCUCAAGUCAUACACUGGGGAGGCUAUCAGCUAACAGGAAGUGAUGUCAGGAUUGUGGUUGAAGUGUCUGAUCAGGAUAAAAUGGUAUUUAAAGCUUUGGGUUGUCCUGGAGGUGUCUCUCCGUUUCCUCGCCUUGAACUACUACAACAGUUGGAGAAUAAUUUGCUUUCAUCUACUGAAAAGAAUGUACAAAUAAUUUAUGGUCCUUGUGGUACUGAUCCUGCUGAAACUGUUAAAGAUUUCAUUGCAAAGCAUCACUCUUCCUAUCAAUUUACCUACUGGUGUAGUGCUUACCACCCUGUUGUCAUGAAUGAUGUGAUUAAGAUCAUGGAAAAGGUUGUUUGUGAUUAUGGUGAUCACCAGUCAUCAAUGUUACUGGUUGUUGAUAGUGCUACUGUUGAUAAUGUUGCUGAUCUCAUUCCUCUAUCUCGUUGUGAAAAUAUUCAAAUAAUAUUAGUGGCUCAAUCGAUUUCAGAUUACAAGGAAAUAGCCAGAGAAGUGGAUAUUAAACUCAAGAUAGGUGUAAGCUCAUUGCCAGCUGUUAAACCUCUCACUGAACUUGAGUGUGCACAAAGGAUAGUGUACUCAUUAGUUAAAAAUGAAGAAAAUGAUAUCCAUUGCUAUAAUACUAAAGAUAUUAAUAGUCUUGCUUCUUUGUGCUCUGGGUCUCCAUCGGUUGUGAAAAUGGCAGAGCAAGUUGCUGCAGCAAACAAAGCAUUGAAAAUAAAUGAGUAUGAAGAAGAUGCAUGCAUGUCUAUUCUGGAUGUAGAGUUAAAAUCUUGCCAUGAUGAUUUAAUAAAAGUGUCUUCAAAGAAAAAAGAUUAUACAUCAUCGUUACAAGUAUCGUUAGUCAUUAAAAAAUUGUCAUUGUCUCAUAAAAAUCGAGCUUUAUUAAAUUGUUUAUCAAUUUUUCAUGGAAUACCAAUUCCAAAAUCCUUCGUAAUUUCGUUGGAAAAUGAAAUAAUGCAAACAUCAUCAUCACCUACCAACUCUCCCCAAACUUCUGACUAUUAUUCUAAUUCCUCCCCUGCUUCUUCUCUUUCCUUAUCCUGUCCCUCUUCAUCAUGCCUUACUGGAUUAAGUUGUAUUGCUGAGCUAAUUAAGUAUCAUUGUGUAGAACUGUAUCCUAGUCCUGUAAUAGUCCAGUCUUCUUCAACUAAGGUAGCUUCGUCCAUUGACACAACAUUAUACACUGUUCCUGAUAUUAUAUCUGAAUCUAUAUGGAGUGACAUGGACACUGCUGAUAAACUUUUUGCCAUUGGUGUGGCAUUUAGAAUGAUGAAAAAGAAAGCUCUGAGUUUAUCUGUUUUUUCUCAUGCGUUAGCAAGUCAAUUGUUUGAAAGAUUUGAAGACAUUGGUAACAGUUUUUCUGAUGCUGACUUAGAUGAUGAUAAUGUAAAGGAAUGCUACAUGAAUUUACUUGCUUUAAAAGAACUUUUUAGUGAUAACUAGUUUUUUAUUUUAUUAUCUACUUGUAUUAUAGCUGCAGUGAGCAUGAAAAUAAUAAUUAUUAUUGUUAUCCAUAGUUUAAUAUUGUUUAAUGUUA